CACGCUUCUCGUGUUCCUGUGUUAACAGACAGUUUUUAAAAUGUCAAAAAACAAGCAGACAUCUGGACACAAGGUUGCCCACAGUUACCAAAGGAGAAAGGAGGGGGAGGGAAGAAGUUGUAUUCGGUACAAAUGUGGCCUAACCAACACCAUACAAGACGUCCUUAGCCAGAGACCAGGCUGGGCAGAGAUAAAAGAUGAUGGUGAAUGGGACUUUAACUGGUGUGAUGUUGGGUGGCUGAGAGAGAACUUUGACCACUCAUACAUGGAGGAGCAUGUGAGAAUAUGUCACUUCCGCAACCACUAUGAGCUAACCCGUAAGAACCUGAUGGUGAAGAAUUUGAAGAGGUAUCGGAAAACUUUAGAGCGGGAGUCAGGUCGUUUCGAGGCAGCCAAAUGUGACUUUUUUCCACGUACAUUCGAGCUGCCCAGUGAGUAUCACCUCUUCGUGGAAGAGUUCAAAAGAAGCCCAGGCAGCACUUGGAUCAUGAAGCCGGUGGCACGAUCACAGGGGAAAGGCAUUUUUCUCUUUCGAAAACUCAAAGAUAUUAUCGAUUGGAGAAAGGAUGGGACCCGCUCUGAAGAACAAAAAGAUGAGGCUCAAGUUGAGAGCUAUGUUGCUCAGCGUUACAUUGAGAAUCCCUACCUCAUUGCUGGAAGAAAAUUUGACCUGAGAGUUUAUGUUCUUGUAACAUCAUUUAUUCCUUUGAAGGCCUGGCUGUAUCGUGAUGGUUUUGCUCGAUUUUCCAACACCAGGUUUUCCCUCAGUAGCAUCGACGAUCAGUAUGUUCAUCUCACUAAUGUUGCAGUGCAAAAAACAGCCCCUGAUUAUGAUCCUGAGAAGGGUUGUAAAUGGCAGAUGCAACAGCUACGGCGGUACCUGACUGCUAAACAUGGUGUAGAGAGAGUGCAGACUCUGUUUAAUGAAAUUGACAACAUAUUUAUUCGCAGCCUGCUUAGUGUUCAGAAGACCAUCAUUAAUGAUAAACACUGUUUUGAGUUGUACGGAUAUGACAUACUACUGGACCAGGAUUUAAAGCCGUGGCUUAUUGAGGUGAACGCUUCUCCCUCCCUCACAGCCAGCAGUCAGGAGGACUAUGAUAUGAAAUACAGACUGCUGGAGGACACCCUGCACGUUGUUGACAUGGAGGGCCGUCUGACAGGCAAGGAGAAGCGGAUUGGAGGAUUUGACCUAAUGUGGAACGAUGGCCCAGUCUACACAGAUGUCGGCCUAGAAGCUCUGGGUAGUUCCUGCCUCAUAGCAAAUACACACCUUGGCUGUGUGAAUGACAGACAGAAACAACUUCAACAGCUUCUAAAGCCUUUCCUAGGGCAGAAGAGAACAUGACAACAUGAAAAUGACAUUAAAGCAAUGUGACAAUGUGUUGUAUGAGAAUCACACAAAACC